GCCGGAUUUCUCUCAAUGGCCUCGCUCCCGCGUGGGAAAGUGGUGCCGCAGUCACGCCCCCUGGCUGACCACGCCCCUCUUCGGGCGCGGCCUGGCACCGCCCCCUUCGUGACGCCAUCAGCGAGCGCCGGGGGGCGGCGGGCGCCCCUGGCGGCGGGACGGGUGGCGAUGGCGGCCGGCUCGGUGUGGAAGGGGCUGGUGGGGCUCGGCCUGUUCGCGCUGGCACACGCGGCCUUCUCGGCGGCGCAGCAUCGUUCUUACAUGAGGUUAACAGAAAAGGAGGAUGAAACGUUGCCCAUAGAUAUAGUUCUUCAGACUCUGUUAGCCUUUGCGGUUACCUGCUAUGGGAUAGUACAUAUCGCAGGAGAGUUUAGAGACAUGGAUGCCACUUCAGAACUAAAAAAUAAGACGUUUGACACGUUAAGGAACCAUCCGUCUUUUUAUGUAUUUAAUCAUCGUGGUAGAGUAUUGUUCCAGUCCCCAGACACAGUGAAUUCUUCUUCAAACCAAGAUGCUUUGUCAUCCAGCUCGUCACUGAAAUUCCGAAAACUUGAACCUCUGCGCCGCUAAGACUUUUACAGAUUAUAAUAAUAAUCCAGGACACUGAGAUGUAAUAUUGAAGUGGGGGAUGUAAACACUUUUUUAAUUUCUGGAGCAGUAUUUAUAUUGAUCUUCCAGACUUUAUAAAGUAUAUAUAUAUAUAUAUAUAAACUAAGGACCUUCUUUGUACACUGUUAAUGAAAAUGAAUUGUGAAUUGGCAACGCAGUGUAAAUUAUUCUACAGUUAUGCUGUGAAACACAUCUUCAAAUUUUCAUAUAUUAAAACAAGUUGCAGCUGACUUCAGUUAAAACAAAAAGCAAGCUAGUUUUUACUGCAGUUAACGUUCUUUGACAAGAGGGAAUGUUUGAGUGCUAUUUAUUUUCUCAGUUUGCUUGCACAACAGUUUGUGGAACUCCUUCAGAAAUACUGUGUGCACUGCAUCACUUAACAGCAGAAAAAGGGGCAGCGUCUCCUGUUCUAGAACACUGCAGGUUUUAGGCACAGGAAGGCACAAAGGUUGCUUUCAUUUUUUUACAGUGCUGAAAAAUAGUUGUGUGAAGGGUUUUGUUUUGAUUUUUUUCUUCUACGUUUUCGUUAUCACGUUAGUUCCCCGUUGCCCUCCUUUGUUUAAAUGUAAACUGUCCUCUCUUGGCCCAGGUUGUGGUGCAUGUGGUGGGAGGCAGCUCACGUCUGAUCACAUAGAUAAUGUACCCCGCUCAGCUCCUUCACCCACUGUAUUUCAGUUCUCUUUGGUUGUGAAUACAGGAAUGUUCAUCAGGUGACUGGGCACUGUGGUGGUACCUCCAAAUGGCACCAGAUACAACUUCCUGAGUCAUCUCCUAUGAGAAGUAUUUGAGUGUCAGUAAGAAAUACCUGUUCUGUCCGUGGUCCAGGGCCCAGGUGCAGCAGCCAGGUCUGCUUGCUGGCACUGGGGCAGUGCAGGUUGUCACCCGGGUGCGGUACAACCACCCCCUUUUCUGCCAACACAGCCUUUCAGUUUGAUUUCUUCUUUGUCAGCUGAGCCCUCAGCUGAUUCAAGAUUUCUGUCUUGAUUUCAUGUAUUGGGACAGAUGAUACAGUCCUUAACUCUCACUGACGUCUGAAUUCUGAUCUCCCCUUAGGGGCUGAGUGGAUGCUAAAAUUUCUCUCGCUCUGGCAUUUCACCUGCCUGCCAUAGCAAAGGGGGUAGUUUGAGAUACUGGUGGGGCCAACUAGAAUUUUCCCUGAUCUGAAGAUGUCUCACGGCUGCCAUGGAAAUACAGCCUUUUGUCCUAGCACCUGUUCUGUUUGUUUGUUUGUUUGUUUAAACUGCAAAGAACUGUCAAAGGCAAAAAGCUUAGCAAAAAUACUGUGUAAACCGAAGCCUCUUUUUCUAGCUCUGCCCGUCCUAUGGAGUGGGUGCCCCAGUGCUAGAGCAAUAUCCGUAGCUGCUGCUCCACAAUCACUCCUAAGUGUCUGGGUUUGGUUGGAAAGGGUUACUCUGCCAGCUGAAAGCGCCUGAGCUGCCGGAUUACUUCCUAAAGUGUCCUGGUUCCCCCCUAGCUGGUGUGACAAAUCAGCUCACGCCAGCUGCUGCCACCAAAGGCCUCAAAAAUAGCAAGUAUCAGGUCAGCUCCGCUGCAGACAGAGCUGGUUCCCUGCAGAACAGAGGAUGCAGCUGAACAUCCGCCAGCUGAACUUGCGAGGCACAGGACAGAACGGGGGGAGGCAGAAGGUCGGCAACACCGCUCCAGGCUGACCCUGUGGUGUGGUUGGUGGCGAGGGUCUCUUAGAGCGGGGCUGCUCACCCCUCAUGGCUAAGAAGCCCCAUUUGUGCUACCCUAAGGCUACGUGGACCUUCCCGAGGCAGAAGGUGCUGCUGUGGGACAGGGUGAGCGGAGAACGUCGCCCGCUGCUCCAAGCGGGUCCUGCUGUAUAAACACCUUGUUGGCUGCCUCGGGUCUUCUCGUGACAAGUAGCCUUACUCUUCAGCAGCAAUGGUUAUAUCAAAAAGCUGUACAACUUAUUUUUUCUUAUUGAUCUCGCAAUGUCCAAUAAACAUUGAUAUCCUUGAA